AUGCCGCCUUCCAGCGACGACGAGCAGCUUCCGCUCAGCGGACGUCGUCCAUACGCCUUCGACCACAACCGCGCCGAAUCUCGCCGGAGAGCGACAUUCGGCAGAGCCCCAGGAAAAACCGGUACCUCCAAGACGAACGAGCCCCCAACUCGGCCUGAGAUCAUCCCCAUUCAACGUGGCGGCCCUGAGCCAUCAGCUUCAACUUCAGGUUUAUCGCCCUCAUCAUCAUCCCCUGCAUUCUCAACCACUGCUGCCACGGCCACUGCUAAUACUUCGUCUACCACCACUGGUACUUCGGCCAGUAACCACGAAAAGAGCUUCAAGGAACAGCAACGUCGGAGACUCCUGUAUCUCCAGGAGACCAGGCAGAAGAACCAGUCGGGCCAACAACAGCUGCCAAAGCGGCAAACGCAGACACUCGGAGGUACAUAUACCGGCCCGGCCCACCCGCUCUCAAAGUCAUUCACUGCAAAUGCCAAGGACCGCGAAGUGCCCUGCCUAGACCUGGACACUCCUCCCCCUCCGUCUCAUGUUCCGUCGUCCCCCCAUUUGGAAGAGACCGCACAGACUGCUGCUAGUAUUUUACAGCAGCAGGUACUGCAGGAGCACCAACAAUCCCAGCAACAGGCUCAACAGCAGGCUCAACAGCAGGCUCAACAAUUGCAGCAACAGCAUCAGCAGGAGCAGGAGCACCAGCAACAACGCCAGUCUCAGCAAGCCCAGCAAACCCAGGAAGCUCAGCAGUCCCAACAGGUUGAGCAUUCGCAGGCGCAGUCGCAGCAGCCUCAGGAUAACAACGAGAUCGCAAUCAGGGAGGAGAGUCUUGAGGUCCUUGAGAGUUUGAGCUCCAUCACUUCUGUCGACAACUUGAACAGAGACAACACCGGCGGCAGCGCCUUUGGCCGUAGCGACAGGGACAUCCUGGGUAACAACAACAGCAACUCGAGCGACAGCGCCAACGGCAAUAACCGCACCAAGAGACGCGCAGAGGCUGACUUGGAGAGACCUACCUCUCGCCGACUAAUUUCCUUUGGAAAUAUUACGGCGGGACACAUGUCUGGCUCUGGACAAAUGUCUGGAUCUGGAAACAUGUCUGGCUCCAUCUUUGGUCCGUAUGCUCCGGUUCCGAGCGCUUCAACUCCUCAGACGCCCACGCAUCCUGCUUCUUUUGAGAUCAGAGAGGGAUCAGGUAGUGGCAGCGGUGGUGGAAGUGGUGAUAGCCAGUUUGCGCCGUUCAGCCGUGGAGCAUCUCCCAUGCCCCAGCAGGUCCCGUUUGCCCAACCUCGCACCCCCAGUGCUGUUACCAUGGGGGCCGCUCCUCAGCGUGGACAAGCAGCUCUGGAGAGGGGAGACAGAGCCGGAAGCGUGGCUUCUGUGACUUCCGUUUCGAGCAUUACCUCGCGCAAUGGACCGCCUAUCGUCAACCCCAGUUUGCCCAACUUGCCUCCUGAUGGAACCAACUGGCUCACAGGCCGCAUCGUCGUUGUCAGCGUCGGCGCCGAGCGCCGCAAGUGGAACGUUCACGAGCAACUCUUGUCGUACAACUCACCCUACUUCAAGCGUCUUUUCAACCCCGAGCCCGACCUCCUUGAAGGCUCCUCUUCGUCCUCCCACGGUAACCACAACCACAACCAAAGCCCUGCCACCGCGCACGCGGGCGAAGGAGGACUCAUCGAAGAAGUCCACCUCCCCACCACCGAGCCCAAGCUCUUUGCCCUUCUGAUCCGCUGGCUCUACGGAACCGCCUUCGCCACCUCCGGCGGGGCAGAAAGUCUUCAAAUCCCCCCUCCCCAGCUCAACCAGGUUACGGUCCGCGACUAUCUGGGCCUGUACAUCCUCGGCCAAACCGUCCAGCUCCCCGGCCUACGCAACGCCUGCAUCGACGUCCUCUACAACUACUACGCCACCGAAACCGAGGAGGUGCGCGUCCCCGAUCUUCACGACGUGCGGUUCAUCUUCGAGAACACCGCCCAGUCCCCCGAUUCCCAGAUGAGGCGUCUGCUGGUGGCUCAUUGCAUGUUCCAUCUCUUCGGCGCCAAGAGGAGGGGCCCCCUCCCGCCCGACUGGCAGGAGGUCAUGGAGCCUAGGUGCGACUUGUCGUACGAGAUGUUCAAGAUGUUGGCGGACUGGAAGUGGGUAAUUGGCGAGAACGUGCCGACUAUGAAGAUCAAAGCCAGACAGGCGUUCCAUGAGAAGCCCAGGCCGGAGGAGCUGUUGCCUUGGCAUAAGGCGCAGACGGCGGAGGAGGCGGGGAUGCCGCUUGUUGGGGUGGUCAAGGCUGAGCCGAUUGAUGAUAGUGACUAG